AUGAAAGGUGGUGUUGGUGUGCUUUUGCGUUGGACAGAGAAGGGUCAUGGCACUAGGCUCGAGGCGGACGUGGCCAGGGCACAUAGAGCAGCAGGGACGGCGGUAGUUGCGGCGGCGGCGGCGGUAGGCAUAGUCGGUCUGGCUGGCGCGGAGGGGAUCACCGCAGACGGCAGGCAUCAGUGCAGGCUAUGCGGAAGGAUAUUCACGGAACGGAACAACUUGCAGCGCCACCUGCGGAUCCACACGGGCUUCAAGCCGUACCGGUGCCCGCUCUGCCCUUACGAGUCGAACCGCAACGGGAACCUGGUCAGGCACAUGGAGUUCAAGCAUGGCCGGACCCAGAUAGCAAGGUCGGCACUUGGGCAUGACAUUGGCUCCAAAGUACGAACUAAGAGAGCGCAGGUCGUUGCUGUGAACGCCUCCUCUAGCCUUGGCACGAGGUUACUCUGCGUCUCGGGGGAAAAAUGCCUAUGUCUACUAGAUAGCAGUGUCACGACGAGUAGGAAAAUCAAGUUUGCACUUAAGUUGCCCUUAGAUGUUGAAGCACCAGUUGGUGACGACAACGGCAGGUCUGAGCCUCGCCUUGUGUUGCAGGGAAGCCAGGCUUGUCGGGCAGGACUCGGUACCUUCACCAGCUGCCCCACCUGCGGCCAGCGCUUCCACGGCGUGUACCAGAAGUACAACCUGAAGCGGCACAUGAGCAUUCACACGGGGGAGCGGCCGUACCCGUGCCCGCGCUGCCCCGCCGCCUUCAACCAGAAGUGCAACAUGAAGCGCCACCUCGAGUCUGUCCACGGCGUGCAAGCGGGCGGCGGCCAGGCGGCGGGGGCGGCGGGCCUCCAAGACGCCAAUGCCCACGUGCCCGGGGCGGCAGCGGCGGUGGAGCGCGCUGACGGUCGGCCCACCCCCCCUGGAGGCCGACUGGGCGAGAAGCAGGCAGCGGCGCAGGGGGGCGAGUGGGAAGUGAACUGA